AUGUCGAACAACGUGGAGAAGACAACUGUUGUCCCGGAUGACGAUGAGCCGGAUGAUUGGGACAAGCGGAUCUUCAGCACAGGCUGCCAUACUGAGCAGGAUAAGAUGAAUGACUGUUACUACGCAAAGAAAGACUGGCGCGAAUGCAAGGAAGAGAACGGAGCUAUCAAAUUCACAUCACGUGACAGCAUAUAUUCGCCUCGCUGCGAGACCUCCCUCCUACUUCCACUGUCAACAAUCCAAGCCACGAUGUCUGCUCCUCUUCGUAUCCGGUCCUGGCGGGCAAUUGAGACCCUCCAAAAUGCGACACAUCUUUCGCGCUCCUCAAGAGUGCCCAAUCUAACAAUCAGCCAGCUCUCCAGCCCCAUUACCAAAAGAGCAAUCAGCUACACCACCAAAAACCAGAACAACCAACCCGCAGUCAAGCCCUCAUCAACAAGCCCUGCCUCAAAGCCCUCUCCCUCAGUCUCAACACCUACUCCAACAGGCGUGCCCGCGUCCCGCGUCCCAGGCUCAACCCCCAACCGCGCAACAACCGAAAACAUCUCCAAAACAGGCCUAUCGGACAAACCCCUCGAGCUCGAGAGCCCAGCCGAAGAGAAAAUCGACUGGACGCGCUCCUUCCACGGCCUGUCCGCGGAACCGUUCCCCAAAGAAGCGGCCGAUAUCCUGCUAGCGGAGACGGAGCCAGACGAGGUCGAGAUCAAGCCCGAUGGUAUCCUCUAUCUACCGGAGAUCAAAUACCGACGGAUUCUCAACCGCGCCUUCGGUCCUGGCGGGUGGGGUCUCGUGCCGCGGAGUGAAAGUAUCGUUACGCCUAAGACGGUGACGAGGGAGUACGCUCUUGUUUGCAAUGGACGCCUCGUCUCCGUCGCCCGCGGUGAACAGGACUACUUCUCCCCGGACGGUAUCCCCACCGCUACAGAAGGCUGUCGGUCCAACGCGCUCGUGCGCUGCUGCAAAGACCUAGGCAUUGCGAGCGAACUUUGGGACCCGCGCUGGAUCCGCAAGUACAAGGCCAAGUACACGCGCGAGGUGUUUGUUGAGCAUGUGGUCACUAAGAGGAAGACUAAAAUCUGGACGCGGAAGGAUGAUCCUGUUGGAUAUCCGUGGAAGGAGAGUGGAAGUAAAUAG